UAUGCGCAUGUCUGCCUGAACCUCCACUGUGUCCUGAGCCUAAGAUUACACAGCUUGCGGGACCCGAGGUGGUGAGGACAGAUCAGCUUCUCUCUCCUUACUUGGCUCAAAGGACCUGCUAAGAGUUUUCCAUUCUCUCUCCUGCGCAUGCUAUUUUGAGGAACAAGAGAGAGAGAGAAAAAAGAACUUUUCCCAAAUGAAGAGAACUCAUCUGCUCAUUUUGGGGGCCUAUUUGCUGUCCUCUUGCAGGGGAGAAGAGGGGCUGAAUUUCCCUAUAUAUGAUGGGAAGGACCGAGUGGUAAGUCUUUCAGAGAAGAACUUCAAGCAGAUUUCGAAGAAAUACGACUUGCUCUGCCUCUACUACCAUGAGCCGGUGUCUUCAGAUAAAGUCGCCCAAAAGCAGUUCCAGAUGAAAGAAAUUGUGCUAGAGCUUGUGGCCCAGGUCCUGGAACAUAAAGAUAUAGGCUUUGUGAUGGUGGAUGCCAAGAAAGAAGCCAAGCUUGCCAAGAAACUGGGUUUUGUUGAGGAAGGAAGCCUCUAUGUGCUUAAGGGUGACCGCACAAUUGAGUUUGAUGGCGAGUUUGCAGCUGAUGUCCUGGUGGAGUUUCUCUUGGAUCUGAUUGAAGACCCAGUGGAGAUCAUCAACAGCAAACUGGAGGUCCAGGCCUUUGAACGCAUUGAGGACCAGAUCAAGCUCAUUGGCUUUUUCAAGAGUGAGGACUCAGAAUAUUAUAAAGCUUUCGAAGAGGCAGCUGAACAUUUCCAGCCUUACAUCAAGUUCUUUGCCACCUUUGACAAAGGUGUUGCAAAGAAGUUAUCCUUAAAGAUGAAUGAAGUUGACUUCUAUGAGCCAUUCAUGGAUGAGCCCACUGCCAUCCCCAACAAACCUUACACGGAAGAGGAGCUCGUGGAGUUUGUGAAGGAACACCAAAGACCCACUCUCCGUCGCUUGAGGCCGGAAGACAUGUUUGAAACCUGGGAAGAUGAUUUGAAUGGGAUCCACAUUGUGGCCUUUGCAGAAAGGAGUGACCCAGAUGGCUAUGAGUUCCUGGAGAUCCUGAAGCAGGUGGCCCGAGACAACACCAACAACCCUGAUCUGAGCAUCGUGUGGAUCGACCCCGAUGAUUUUCCUCUGCUUGUUGCCUACUGGGAGAAGACCUUCAAGAUUGACCUAUUUAAACCACAGAUUGGGGUGGUGAAUGUGACAGAUGCUGACAGUGUCUGGAUGGAGAUUUUAGAUGAUGACGAUCUGCCCAGCGCGGAGGAGCUGGAAGACUGGAUUGAGGAUGUGCUUUCUGGAAAGAUCAACACCGAAGAUGAUGACAAUGAAGAUGAAGAGGAUGAUGAUAAUGACGACGAUGAUGACGACGACGAUGAUGAUAAUUCUGAUGAAGAGGAUAGUGAAGACACUGAUGAUGAUGAUGAAUAGCUCCAACUCCAAAUGACUUACAAAACCGAAAUCACAGCUACCCACUACCGUAGAGACAGACCAUGGUGGCAGAAAGCAGCCCUACCCCCACACAGAUCCUUUCCUUUUUCUCACUCCUUUCUCGUCAUGAGCAAAUGCUUUUCCAAACCCAGCAAGCCCAUGUAGCAGGGACAGGAGAGGAAUGGGUGCCAUGUUGACUUGUCUGGAUUGUCAUGGCACACUUUUCUUGUUCUUCACUAGAUCUUCAUUUGUUCUGCUCUUUAUCAGAUCAUUGUGGAGCUACAGCAGUGCUAGAAUCUGGCAGUCUGGGGACAGUGCCUUAACACCUCUAUCAAGUUCACUUGUCUUUGACUGUGGUGGUGACAGAACCAACAAUUUGCUAAUUCAGAAGCGUGAAGUGACCUUGUAAUCAGAGCCCUGGGAAGACAUAAUUGGUCAAUUUAGCCCCCAUAUCUAGAGCAUCAGUGAACUCAUCUCUAAGCCUUUUGAUGUCUAUUGAGAAGUCUUGUGUAGGUGUCACCAACAUUUCUAGCAUAUUAGGAUCCUGAGAUGGGUGGUUGAUUAGUUAGCCAAAUUUCUGGCUAUGUGAAAGUCUCAUAUUCACCAGCAGUGUUGGGUGGGGAAACUGAAGGAUUAAAGACUCUUAACUGUUCUGAUGGGGAUGGGUUCACAUCUCUAAAUAGGUCAGCCGGCCUCCUCUUCUGAGCUGGGAACUGAAUACCCCCUCUCUGUUGCUGCUAGUGAACUUCUUUAAAAUUUUUCUUUAUCCAAUAGUCAAUAACUCUCCAUUUAUCAGCACUCCCGCAGUUGACCAGGGCAACAAUAAUUGGAGUUCAUAAUGAUGCCCUGAGGCACUGAAAAAAUCCAGCGUGCCUUCUGAACUGUCUAACAGUUACAUUGUGCUUGGUAGUGUUAGCAUUGAGUGUGCAGUAUAAUGUUCUAAUUUAUUUUUUUCAAUCUGUUAACAUGUAUGAAAUUGCGAUUUUUUUUGGAAACUGUGGCAAUUCUUUUGUGAAAUAAAAGCUAACUAACUCUGUCAUUAAACUCAUAUUCUAAAAAUUUGAGACUAUCUUCAAAA